UCCUCGUUUGUGUUUCACUGCCAACAAUAGUCUUUUAAGCAUACAUACUUUUAUGAGUAAAACAUAAGAAUUUAAUCAUUGAAUUGAGGUGAAUAUACUAUUAAUAGUUAUAACAACAUCAGGCAAAUACUAUUAAGUAUUUAACAAGUUGGCUGGACAAAUCAUCAUAGCAGAAUGGCUCGUGUACCGGAUGAAGAACUAAAAAAAGCAUUUGCAGAGUUACACGAAAAAGUCAUCGACACACGACAAAAACUCAAGUUAGCAGAUAUCCAAAUUGAAAGUCUCAAGAGAUCGAAGCAACGUGCUGAAUUAACUCAGAUUGAACUGAGAUCAUUACCUGAUAAAACCAAAAUUUAUGAAUCAGUGGGACGCAUGUUUCUGCUCCAAGACAUAGGCACUAUUAAAACUGAAAUGAACAAACGUACCAAGACAGCUGAUUCAAAGAUUAAAAGUCUUGAGACAAACAAAGAAUAUUUACAGAAAAAUUUAAAGGAAAGUGAGAACAACAUUCGAGAAAUGGUGCAGAAAAAACAGAAUGAAGAGGCUAGCUAAGGCCAGUGGUGUUAUUGGACUUACAUUUAUGUCUUAUUCACCGAACAUCUACAUUUUUAAUGUCAAAGCUUACAAAGUUUUAUUGAAUGCUCUUGUUAAGAACUUGUUUUAAAUUAUAAGCAAUUUAAUUCAAAAUGUUGAAAAUUCUUUUAUGCUUUAUGUAUGGAAAUUUAUGCCAAUAAACUUUCAUUUUUAAUUUGA